GAUCUGGCUGCUAUUCUUGCCAAGAAAAGUGGAUUGGCUACCAAUGCAACUGUUAUUUUGUUUCUGAUGAAUUAAAAACAUGGAAAGACAGUAGGGAUUUUUGUGUUUCUCAUAAUUCCAGUCUACUUCAGAUACAAACCAGAAAUGAACUGAAUUUUAUGAAGUUCAGUACCAGUUUUUACUGGAUUGGGCUUUCUUACGGUGAAGAACAUGAUGCCUGGUUGUGGGAGAACAAAUCUACUCUCUCCCAAGAUCUAUUUCCUUUCCCUAAAUCUGUAAAUCCAAAGAACUGCAUGAUGUAUGGACCAGGAGGAAGGAUUUUGGAUGGACACUGUGGAAAGAAGUUUCGUUAUAUCUGUAAACAACAGCUUAUUUAGAUGUUUCUUGGGGCAGAUGUGUUGUGCAAUGGAGAUUAAGUAUUACUUAGAAUGGUUACAAAUUGUAUUACUUACCUCUGGGAUCUUUAAAAUGUUCCAAAUUGUGUUUUAUCAAUCAUAUAAUUUUCAUGUAUUUGAAAAUAUAUAUUUAAAUUUUUUAUCUCUAUGCAAUUAUGUUAGUUCUAUCUAUACAACAUAACAAUAACUAAGACAGUAUGCCUAAUUCAUCAACAUAUAUAGUUAUAAUUUUAAAAUUUUGCUAUGUGUUUUAAAAUUGAUGAAACUUGUAUACCUACACCUGAAAUUAUAGUCAAGAUAAAUAAUUUAAUGAAUGUUCAAUGUAUAUGGUAUGGAUUCAACAAUUUAUGCAUCUAUUUUUGGAACUUCUCUCUGCUGAAAUUUAAAUAAAACUUAAUUCAGGCCAAACAAUACAUAUUAACAUCA